UUUCCUGAAAGUUUUGUGUUCAUAGGCCAAGUGCCGGUCUGUUUUUUUCAUUCAUAGAAAACGCUGUAAACACGCCUGCUAGUCGAGUCGUCCGGCAAGUGCUGACCGCCCGAUCGAACCCAACGGCGAGAUCUGAGCUCUUUCUUUCUUUUUUAUUUGGCUGAAGGUUUUGUGUUCAUAGGCAAGUGCUGGUCUGUCUUUUCUUUUUCUUUUCAUUCAUCGAAAACGCUGUAAACACGCCUGCUAAUCGAGUUGGCCGGCAAGUCCUGACCGCCCGAUCGAACCAACGGCGAGAUCCUACCGUUGCCAGACAGGCCACGCCCUUGCCCUUGCCCUAACCCAGUUACAAAUACCACCACCCUCCCGAAGUUUGCGCUCUUCCUCCCCUCCCAUUUCCGCCGCCGCCGCCACCGCUCGAGAGAAGAGAGAGACAGAUCCCGCGAGGCGCCCUUGCCCUACCCGGUAGAUCGAUCGCUGAGUUUGACGCAGGGAUGGCUCCUCAUAAGACAAUGACUCGGACCGUCAGGCACUAUGCUCCAGCCGGCCAGCGCCGCCGCCGUGUGCCGGUUGAAGAGAUGGAAUUUGUUGAUGGCUACUACCUUUCAAUCGAAGUGAGUGCUGAUCUUGUUUUGCCCCGUGCGAAGACUGUACGCCAGUUGCGCAAAAGGGCGCAAGUGCUCAAGGGUGGGAGUUUUGGUUCGGGCACGACUAUUGUCUACUCACUGACUGAAGCAGAGAAACUUCUGCUCAACACAAUGGGCAAUGUUGAACCAGUUGAACUCAACAUCACGGGCAAUGCAUGAACCUGUUCAUCAUGAUUGAAGUCCAUCUACGAAUGAAGGCCCUGUGAGGACGGACUUGGAAUCUUCAUUAUGAGCACUGUCUUUGAAUAUUAGCUUGUUCAAAUAAUCAGUUUAGUUGGCUAUGUGCCUUUUAAUAUUUUGUUAAGAUGUUCGUAUGUCUGGUCUGUGACCUUAAUCAUUUUGCACUUUGGUAAUGCGAAUAUGGGAUUUGAGGAAUUUCUACAAUUUCUGUAUGUCUGGUACCCCAGUACUCGUUGUGACCUUAAUCAUUUUGCACUUUGGUAAUUCGAAUAUGGGAUUGAUGAA